AUGAAGACAUAUGCCGAACACUUACCAAUUGAAUUAUGGAUUCUAAUAUUUCGUUACAUCGAAAUACAUGAUCUUUUUCGAGCUUUUACUAAUUUAAAUAAUUAUUUUAAUCGUAUACUUGCUUCCAAUCAUCUUUUAUUCUAUAUUCAAUUGAGAAAAGAUGAUAUAUUUUAUAAAGAACAGACUAUUUUCCCUUCUUGGUCUACUACAAUAUUAAAUCGUAUAAUUUCUUUAAAAUUAUCAACUAAAAAACACAGAAAAUAUAUUUUUCAAUUUCUUAAUCUACAUGGUAAAGAACUUAUUCGAUUAAAAUCUUUAACAAUUGAAAUAUAUGAACGAGAAAUAUGCCCUAGUUGUAUAGAUUUUUUAAAAUAUCAUUCAAUUGAAUAUCUUUCACUGAAAUGUAUACCAAAUCAAGUAUUAAUUGAAGCUAUACUUUCUUCACCUAAACUUUGUAAAUGUCGGUUAUAUUUUUGGUGA